CUCUUGGGUGGCAUCUGCAACGAUUUAGCGCAACUAACUCAAGGGCUAAUACAACAGGAGGGAGCACCAGGCAGCUGGACCGGCGCGCGGGCGGCACGGCGAACGGCGGCAGGCUGCCCUGCCUCUGGCUGGAGCACUGCACGCAACGCACAUGUCAGAUCAGUUUGUCAGGCUCCGUCUGCCGUCUGCACUACGUUCAAUUCUCGUUCACUGACAGAGAACAGAAAGAAAAGAAAAAUAAUAAAAGCGGGUUUUCUGCGGAAAAGCGGCUGACUCGCUUGCUCCUAAAUCAGGAUGGAAAACAAGAUUUGUAUCAGCACCAUUGAGGGGGAAGCUGCCUCCGUUGUCGGUCUAGUGAGCGCUCCUUCAUGCGCCGACACAAAAAUUUGCAGCAGCGUUGAGGACGACGAAGACAACAUUCCAGUUGAUCCCAAAGCGUACCCUUUUGCUUUGGUUCUGCGCCUCAGAGUGAUGCAGAUCGUGUGCGGAAUUUCAACCAUGGUCAUGGGCACCGUGGCGCUGAUAGAGGAGAAGGGACAGAUGAAUUUAGGACUUGGAGUUCCUGCAGGCGGGGUGGUGGUGCUGGCGGCGUCGCUGAGCAUCCACUGCAGCCGCGGCUUCGGCGGCUACGAGCCGAGCGGGUGCAGCUGCAGCAAACUGCGCUGGCUGGGGCCGAACCCGCGGACGGCGGCGCUGCUGGCCGCGCUGUGGGGCACGGCGCUGCUGAUGGUGGGCGCGCUCGGCGUGCGCUGCGUGCUGACGCUGGCCCACGGCGUGCCCGACACCUUCGCCACCGACCUGCACGUGCUGGCGCUGGUGCAGCUCAGCCUGGCGCUGCUCGUCUUCGGCGCCACCGUGGUCGCCGUCCGCGUCGACUGCAGCCGCGACCCCGACUGACCUGUAAACGCCGGCCACGGCACGAUGGCCGUCUCGGCUGCCAGCCGAUCAGCGUGGAUCGCGUGAAUUUGUGAAGGUCGAUGCGUGGGUGGCUCUGCCGAGAGAAAUUAACAACAUGGACAUUGCUGGAGAUGUAUUAAUUUUAUGUUUUGGGAAUUUCUUUAGUGCUUUUGGUAGUAAGAAGCAAUUUUUAUUUUUAUUUGUGGCAACAAGGUGGAAAAAAAUGCUCUGUAUGUAAUAUGUUUAGACGUAUAUGAACAAUAAAUUGUAUGCAUUUAAUUGAACACAGCGGGGACCAGAUUCGUGCGACGCGCAGAUAUGGCGUCCGGUGGAGUAUGGCGCUAAAAAACGGUCACGUGAAAAUGAGCGAAAAGAAGCAAGUUUUCGUCAAUAUUGUGACAUAAUUUGCAUUACUUGUACUAAUUAUGUCUUUUGUAUCGUAAAAACAAACUCUUGACACUCGUGCAGGAAUCCAAAAAGAGCUUUUUGUUUCGCAAAUUCAGACGCCAUCUUGGAUCUGCGCAGAGGGAACCAAUUUUAUCGCACAUCUGGCCCCCGGCCCACUGAUUGAACAUACAAAUUUAUGGGAAAAAAAUAUUGUCG